AUGCACGAACAUCCGUUCAACCCUUACCAUUCCCCCAAACCAGACAGUUCGUCAAGUAUAUACAGCCGAUCGACACGCUCAGUAGCUUCCGUUGAAGUCGAACUGCCGUCUAACUUACCUCGCCAUCGUCGAACUAACAACAACAGUAUCUCGUCGGACUCUCCGGAAAUUAAUCGUAUGGACCAUGCUAUUCAGUCUGCUCAGGGAUCUACUAUCGCUUUGGAAACCAUGCGCUCCCGGCUCCAAGCGUCAAAGUCGCAUAAGGUGCAGUCGAGGGACGAGCGCUUGUCAGAGUUGGAGGAAGAGCUCGCGUGGCAUCAGCAAGAGAACGAGUUCUACGGCAUCUGCUAUGAUGGUUACCGUGGUCUACACAGCAAGGUGGCAGACGUAUCGCAGAAGCUUCUGCUGCAAUCCUUCUUUGAGCCCGAGUCUCGUCCAUCAAGAGACCCCUUCCUUUAUGAUGUGAUCCAGAGGCUGAACACUGCCGUCAAAAUGACACAAGUGCAAGAGGCACAGGCGGAGGCUGAUUGGAAGAGAUUUUGGCAUAUUACUGAUGACUGUGGAGUGCGUGCGACAUGGAUCUAG